GCUCACAUUCAAAUUAGAACUCACUUGUUGUGCUAGCUGCUGGAGCAAGCCUGAUUUGGGACCUUUAACUUCUAUACUUUCCCUGCCAUUUCUUGCUUUUGGUUUUGUAUAUAAUUUCCUUUUCCAGUGACUGUGGAUACUUGUUGCUACUAUUUACUGUUGCCUUGUUUUCUCCUGUGUUGCAAAUUAACAGUUGUUUUUUAUUUCUUUAGGACAGAACAGAAAAGGAAAAAACUUUUGCCAUGGCAUCUGACGGAAAGAACAGAAUUCCUAUGGCCUGCAAAUAUUGCUUCAAGACCACUGACCAGUGACCAACUGUCUGUACAUCUUCGCAAAGUCUGCAGGAAAGGAGCAAGUGAUGCAGAGAUCAUGGCCCUUGUAGAGUAAUCGAGGUCCAAAAUGAAGAUGUUGGUGAAGAACCUCAACGUCAUCCAUUAUGAGCAGCUGAAGGCUGGAGCCGAUUCACAAAAGUCACUACAUUUUUUCAUCAAUUUUCUUGAGUCCAACGGUUGUUUGAUUUGUGACAAGCCUGUUGAAGCAGAGGAUCCCAUUGAUAACCCAGUGCCUGAUGGUGAAGAGAAUGAAGAGGAUCAUUAUGAGGAUGAUAUGGAUAUAGAGGACCCACUUCUUAUGCUGAGCACAUCUGCCAGCAAGAUGUCAUCAAAAAAGAUUAUGAAGGAGGCAGGAAUACACAAGAAACAUUCAACUGAUUCUCCACUGCUCCAGGCAUUCAGAGGGUACCUGGAGAAAAAAUAUGCAAAAUCCGGAAUCAAACACGAGCUUGAUACUGUAUCAAGAUGGCUGCAUUUUGUCAACCCAAACGAAGCUUUGGUCAGUUGCAUACAUAACAUAGGUGGAGUCAAGAAAUUUAUAAGUUAUAAGUCACCUCAGACCUUCAACUGUUGGAAGAGGAUCCAUCUCUGUGGGCCAAUUAAAUCAUUCUCGAAGAGUAUGACGGAGGUCCAGAAGUCAACAUUCAAUAAGGAAAAAUCUGUGGGAAGAGAGGGAGAACAUCCAACACACCAAAACAAGCCAUCAGAAAAAGAAUUAUCAUACAAGUACAUAGAGGACAAAUUUCCAGUGGGCCCUGACACCAAUGGCCCAACACUGAAACAAUGCCAGGCAUUUUCAGAAUUACACGGGAGAUACUGCUACAACAGAUGGAGGAGACAGCAGAAACAGAUCCAUAUGGAUGUCAUUAUUUCACAUUAGAAGUAUGAAAAGCCAACCCCCAGCCAAGUCCAGAGCUACCUGAAUCAGCAAAGGUGGCUUAAACAAGCCCCAACUGUGGAGGACAUCCUGCUGCACUGGGAGGCCAGUGAAAAGCCGAAAAGUGAUGCCACAGACAGAAGAAUACAACGUCUUAUCAACACUCAGCAGUGGCUGUUGUGGAUGACCCAGUCAAAGGAGAAAAAGUUGUGACUCUCCAGGACUUUAAAAAAGGUGACUACAUUUGUGACUACCAUGGGCCGGUCAUUUCUGCAAAGGAAGGGGAUCGGCUGAUGAGGUCGAUGGAGCUGAAUGAAAUGGGAUACUUAUAUUUCUUCUUGAACAGCGGGAAUAAAAGACUCUGUAUCUAUGCCCAGAAUGUCCCUUGCUCCUGUCACAGUGACCUACCGACAACUUACGGGAGGAAAAUUAACCAUUCCCGUAAAAGGCCAAACCUCAGACCCACCAGUCAAAUAUUUCUCAAAUGACGACAAACUGUACAUAUUGUUUCUGCAAACGAGGACAUUGAUGCUGGAACAGAACUCCUGUUCGAUUACGGAGUCACAAGAAAGUCAUUCUCUGGUGAGGGGGCAGAUCUUCCCUGGAUUGAUGAGUAGAUCCUCUGAAGUUAAAACUUUGUACAUGUGCACGAACUUUGGCAUGCAGGACUUUGCACUUUUGGCACAUCAUUCAAGUAUCUAAACAGACUUUACACUCUUUACAACAGUUCCAUUCCUAAGUAACACUCAUCUUUACAGUGACAUUUUAAAACUGAACUAUUUAUUUGUUGCUAAAAUAAUUAUUUGUUUACAGUUUAAUUUUCAUGGAAUAAAUUUUGAUUAUAUUUUUAACUUUUUGGAGCAUGGGUAUAUGUGUCUAUUAAAUAUUUAUGUUAAUA